CCACCUUCCACGCACAAACUAACAGCGAUAUUCCCCCCUUGACGUCCUCUGCGGCUGUCCAAGCAGCGGGUCAAGCAACGACGCUAACACUGGAGCUAUAAAACUAAACAACGGGGGCUCCCGUUUAAAGCGCCGCACCAGGCUGACCAGCUAGCGCAGUGUGGUCACUUGCGACUCUCUCUGAAACGAUUUUUUUUAUCUGUUUCGGAGAAGUGCAAAUUGAUAUCCCCCAAAACCACUGCCGCCGCAUAUCCUGAUUGGAAAAAAACACCUCAAAUCGAAGCAACAAUGGUGCAAAACAAGAUCGCCGAAGUCACUGGAUUCCACCGCUCCUUCAAGGGGCAAAAUCCCUUUGAAGCAGAGGACUUCACUAAAAAUGGAUCCCAUCUUAUUGAUUCAUCAUUUAAUUUUGAUUCUUCCCCAAGACAUGACAUGCCUUCCAGUCAGCCUAUUGACAUCCCCGAUGCCAAGAAGAGAAACAAGAAGAAAAAGCGUUGCCGGGCAACUGACAGUUUCUCUGGAAGAUUUGAGGAUGUCUACAGACUGCAGGAAGAGGUGUUAGGAGAGGGCGCUUAUGCCAGAGUGCAAACAUGCAUCAACCUUAUCACCAACAAAGAGUAUGCUGUAAAGAUCAUUGAGAAGAGGCCGGGUCACAGCCGCAGUCGUGUCUUUCGUGAAGUUGAGAUGCUCUACCAGUGCCAGGGCCACAGAAACAUACUGGAGCUGGUGGAGUUUUUUGAAGAGGAAGACAAAUUCUACCUGGUGUUUGAGAAGCUCAGAGGAGGGUCAAUCUUGGAACACAUUCACAAGAGACAGCACUUCAGUGAGCAGGAAACCUGUCUCGUUGUGCAGGACAUCGCUAGCGCUCUAGAUUUCCUUCAUAACAAGGGAAUGGCACAUAGAGACCUGAAACCUGAAAACAUUCUCUGUGAGAGAGCAGACAAGAUAUCCCCGGUCAAGAUCUGUGACUUUGACUUAGGCAGUGGAAUCAAGUUAAACAGUGACAGCUCACCCAUCUCCACCCCUGAGCUCCUCACCCCUUGUGGCUCAGCAGAGUACAUGGCACCUGAGGUAGUUGAGGCCUUCAGUGAAGAAGCUACAAUUUACGACAAGCGCUGUGACCUGUGGAGCCUUGGAGUCAUUCUCUACAUCAUGCUGAGUGGCUAUCCACCAUUCGUAGGCCGCUGUGGUGGUGACUGUGGCUGGGAAUUGGGGGAACCCUGCCACAUCUGCCAGAACACUUUAUUUGAGAGUAUCCAGGAAGGAAAAUACGAGUUUCCAGAAAAAGACUGGGCUCACAUCUCCUCAAGUGCCAAAGACCUGAUAUCCAAACUUCUGGUUCGGGAUGCCAAAAGCCGUCUGAGUGCCAGUCAGGUGCUACAGCACCCCUGGGUGCAGGGGGGUGCAUCUGACACCUUGCCAACAUCCAUCUUACAUCAGAGAACCAGCAGUGCCAGGGACCUUACAGUUUUUGCAGAUAAAGCCAUGGCUGUGAACCGGCAGCUGGCUGAACAGGAUGGCAUGGAAGAGCAGCAGCAGCACGAAGUCCAGUUUUUUGUUACUGCUACUGGCUCUUCUGUGCGCCUCUCUCCUCCUUCCAACUCCAAGCUGGCCAGGCGCAGGCAGCGAAGCAGCCAGCCGAAGGGAGGGCCCGUCUCUGCUGCGGAGCUUCGUCAGCUCUUGGCCCCUCUCGUUAUCGUGGGAGACUGUGCCUGAACUUUUCCGACCUUCCGUUAAGUUUCAAGUCCUGAUCCAAGACUGCCCUGAGACUCUUUCUCCUCAGUUCUGGCCCCUCUCUGGCCUUGGUUCCUCUGCUAUUCAGGUUCUCUUGCCAGCUGUAAAGGGAGAUGCUGCUUGCAGCCCUUCCUCUAAAUGCCUUCUGCCCUUCUCCAGCACUUCUGAAGCACAUCAGCACAGGGCCUGCAUAUAGCAAACACACAACUAUGUGCACUUCCAGGUUGGGGAGGAGGGCCAGUUAAUUUGUUGGACAGCAAAGUAUUUUCUAAGUUAUAUUGGAUUUUUUUUUUCCUCAUACAACUCAGUUCAGAAGAAAUCAGAACAUUGAUCUACGAAACUAAGCUCUGACACCAAAGGACAACCUGUUGUGCUGCUCCCACGUUACAACUGGAUCCACUGUGAAUUAAGUUAUCUGGAAUGUUUUCUUUGCUUGUAUGUAUAUGCAUGAAUGGCCCAUCUGCACAUACGUACAAGCUUAUGCAAUAUGCCAAGAUGAAGGCUGUUCCUGUCUUGAAAGGAUUCAGUGUAUAAAGGAUUGGAAGGGCUGUAAGCCAAUGCUGUCCGUGCCUGAGGCGCGGUUCAAUAUGUGGCUGGGGACUCUUCGAAGUCUUUUUUUUUUUUUUUU